GUGUGGGACGAAUUAAUUAACAGCCGUACGUCAGUUCCGUUCCGUCCUCUGGCUUCCUUCUUGCCCACGCGUGUAUUCACUCCCUGUAUACAGGUCAGUGCGGACCGCUAAAAUACAACUUUUCCAGCACUAUCACAUCCACCCUGGACGGAGCAAGAUGAAAGAGACAAUCAUGAACCAAGAAAAACUUGCCAAACUACAAGCACUGGUUCGCAUUGGUGGAAAGGGUACAGCACGUAGAAAGAAGAAGGUUGUGCACAGGACAGCAACUGCAGAUGACAAGAAGCUUCAGUUUUCCUUGAAGAAACUAGGCGUCAACAACAUCUCUGGCAUUGAAGAGGUGAACAUGUUCACAAACCAGGGGACAGUGAUCCACUUCAACAACCCAAAAGUGCAGGCAUCUCUGGCUGCAAACACCUUCACCAUCACAGGGCAUGCUGAGACCAAGCAGCUGACAGAGAUGCUGCCCAGCAUCCUCAACCAGCUGGGGGCCGACAGCCUGACCAGCCUCAGGAGGCUCGCAGAGGCCCUGCCACGGCAGACUGAUGAGGGAAAGGCAUCAGUUGUAGCUGGGGAGGAAGAUGACGACGACGUUCCAGAUCUUGUAGAGAAUUUUGACGAGGCUUCAAAGGAUGAAGCGAACUAAAUAAAAUGUGGUUCAGAUCUGAAAUAUGGGGUUCACAAGUUGUCAGGGUGGGGCACUGUUUUGUAUAUACCACCCUUCUCCAUGAAUGUUUUUUUCAAUAUACUACACUGAUGGCCGUUUGUAUGCAGAAUAUCCUUGAUACACUUUUGGGGAUUCUGUGAUUUUUGCUGCUAUUGCUCCGUUGCCAAAUACAGCCCCCUUGCAGCCUUACUGAAAUGAGCACAUGUGGAAUAAACGCUUGCAUUUGACAAAUAAGCAUUAAAAAAUUACCGAACA